AUGAUAUUGAUUUUGCUUUUAGUAGGCUAUGUUUAUAGUGCGACGACUCCUGGAACAGAAGAAUGUAACGUUUAUACUUCAGAAAGCGAUUGCUUAAACUCUGGGUAUUGUAAAUGGAAUGGGGGGUCUUGUGGACUUUACACUUAAGCUUAAGAUUGCUACAGGGUUGAUGAGAUAGGGGCUUGUCGAGCGAAUGGGAAAUAUUAGAAUCUAUGUGUGCCUCUGGAUUUGGUGAGCAUUGAAUAUAAGAAUGUGUGUGGGACAAGCAAUACUGUAGACUUUAAUUAUGUUAGAUACCCAAAAAUGACUACUGGGUAUCCAACAUACUCAAUUUCUGGGUUGACAGUGGCUUAGUUAAAGAUUGCCAAGCCACAAAUGAACUUUCUCUAUCAAAUUCUGACUGUGAAUAUUCAAAUGGCUCAAAAUAAAGAAUUAUAAGAUAUAUUGGAUUUAUAUAAAGAAUAUGAGAGUGCCUUUCUUAAUAUUACAGUGCACCCCUUUUAUUUGGAGAAGUGCUUAUUCUAAACCUUGCAAAAUUUAAGAGAUGACACCACUACUUUAAGUACCGCUGAAAAAUAAAAUACAUUAACAAAGUUCUGGGGUGUUGCAUAGGUGUAUUAGAAGAAGAUGGCCACUUACAGCAAGCAUUAUCAAACAAACUACUACUUUUUGAAUUUUGCUUAAACAACAUUCUCCAGAUUAUAUAUUUCUAUUGAGGGACAAGACCACACCACUUCUUUGACUUGGGUCAAAUAUGAAAGGAAUGGUUUCGUGUAGGCAAUAUCUUACACUCCGAAAUUCUUUGGCAUAAAUGAUGCUUUAACAGAUGUUGUUUAUGUGAAUGUAAUUGCUUCAGAUGGAUCCACUUUUGUUAAUAUUGAAAAUAUGGAAAUAGUCUACACCCAAACAUCAGGAACCAUGGCUAAUACUCCAAGACAAUUACACUUCAUCAAUGAUAAAUCAUAGGUUCCUCAUACAAUUUCCUCUUCAAUAACAUCAACAAUAUGCGAUGAUGUAGAAAGAACUUGUAAAUUCACCCUCCCGUCACCUUUAACAGAUUCUUAAUUUAUUUUUUAUAUAUAGAAAUGA